ACAGUUCUUUGGAGUUUUCCGAUAUUUCGAUAAUUCGAUAACCAUUAGAAGGAAGGCAAGGUUUAAAUUUUUUUAUUGAGCCGGCAGCAUCGCAAAAGAACAGUUAGACUGAAAGUCAAAAAAUAAUUCGCCAAAAGUCGAAAAAAUGUUAAAACGCGAUUUACAAUGUAUCACGCUUAAACUGGCCGAUCUGGAGGAAUAUGAAGCUGUUCGGCGUCGUAAUAAGGCCAAGGUAGCAGAGGCAGCUAAUGCUUCCGCCGCCGCUUCUACCUCAACAGGUGCUAAGCCGAAAAUCCGGGUAUUUCAGUUCAGUGGCAAUAGUGAAACUGGUGGAGCAUCGACGUCUUCAACAACCGCUGGGACUCCUUCGUCCACCACAGAGACCGAGACUUCGGCUAUUCCCGUGACUCAAGAGGAUCUGCAACAACGUCUCGCUAGACAAAGCGCCACCAGCGGCGGCGCCAUUGGAUCCGGCUCCCAAUCUGCAUCACGUUCUGGCACAGGAUCUGGUUCUGGCUCUGGGUAUACAGAUACCGAUUUCAGUGUGGCAGCUGUGGCCGAUGAUAAUGACACGAUCGAUGAACUAAGCGAUGACAAUUGGGUUGAUGCUGACCAAGAGGAUCAAGAGCUUGAUCUAGAAACUCAGACAAAUACAGAUUUUGAUGAAGACGAGGGCGCCGUUGGCGGAGCAGAAGCCUAAGAAAAUGUUGUCGUUUUCCCUUAAUUUUUUUUAGUUUUGGAUUAAAUGUACAUUUUUGUGGCCAUAGUUCAGAACAUUCAAAAAAUCAAAAUCAAAA